AUGGGCGUUACUGUGGAAGAUGACGUUUGUCCAAAGAAAGAGGAAGGUGGGCAGAAGGAGAACGAAGACGGCGCUCAGGCGGAACAGCUAGACAUCCCACAGCCCGGAGUUCUGAAGCUGGAGAAGAUGCGCAUCGUGACUCCAGACUACGUCCGUGAGAUCACCGUGCCCAGGGCCAAGAGUUCCCCCGAGGCGCCGCUGAUGCAUGCUGGCGACUUCCAGAGACUGCGGGCCCAGGCCAAGGUUCUGACGCUCGAGGAGAGGAAGGCGCUGUUGGACGAGAAGGAACGGAUGAAGGAGAAACUGCUGAGCGAGAGCCAGGCCAGGAAGGACCAGAUGAAGGAGUGGGAGCAGCAGCGCCAGCAGGACCGCAGGCUCAACGACCUGGAGAGAGAUGCUCGCAAGAGAGCGACUACGCUGCUGAAACACGCGUUCGAGCUGCGCCAGGAGAGCGAGACCGAGGUCCAGAAGGCCAACCGGCUCAUCCUGAGCACCCGCUGCCACGCGCUCCGCGACGCACAGGUGCAGAGCAACAUCAUCCGCAGGCGGGAGGUGGAGGCGGAGGAGGCGCGGCUGGACCAGAUGAUGGAGCAGGAGCGGCAGCGAGCGCUGCGCGCCGAGGCGGAGCGGUGCCAGAGGCAGGCCGAGCGUACACGCGACCACGUGUCCAGCCUGCUCACGCAGAUCCGCCAGAACGAGGAGCUGCGCCAGCUCGAGGCCCAGAAGCGCGCCGACGAGAGCCGGCGGAUCAAUGAGGCACAGAUGAAGUUACAGCUGGAAGAACUGGAGGCACUGCGCAAGAGGACUGCUGAGCAGCAAGCAUCGCGGAUCAAACUGGCAGAGCUCAAUGAGCAGCUGCUGCGCUCGAAGAAGGAGGCACUCGAGGAGCAGCGUGAUGCAGACCGCAAGGUUGAAGAAUAUAUGCGUCGAAAGGCAGAGCGUGAAGCAGCUGUCGAGGAAGAACUACGACUGCAGCGGCUGGCCAGAGAACGUGAGAUAGCACAACUGCGGACAAUGCAGGAGCGUGCUCAGGGGCUGGAGGCAGAGCAGGAUGAGAUGAAGGCCCAGAGAGCACAGGAUGAGGUCGAACGAGAAUGGCGCAGAAAGGAAUUAGAAGCAGCUCGUAGGAAAGCUAAAGAGGAGGAUGAUCUGAAGAAAGCACGGGCAGAACAAAUGCUUGACAGGAGGAGAACUAUAGCACUUGAAAUAGCCAGAGAGAAGAGAGAGUUUGAACGCAUUGUAAAAGCACAGAGAGAAUGGCAAGAAGAAGAUGAAAGACAGGACAGAAUGAAAAAGGAAGAGGCAAUCAAACACAGACAAGCAGUCAUUAAACAAAUACAAGAAAAGGAACAGGAACGCAUCAGACAGAGACAAGAGCUUUUCAAGGAAAUAGAAAUUCUGAAGGAAGAAGAAAAGCGCUGUGAACGUCAUAUAAAAGAAACCAUGAUGCGGAAAGUGAGGGAAUUAAGGUACGGCAAUCCAAAUUUUGAUUCCUUAACAAAACUAUAUCUAAAUAAGGUACUCAUCCUAGUAAUAUAUUUCAGGAAGGAUAAGCUACCUGAAGUUUACAUCAAGGAAGUUGAAAGACAACUGAAGCUUGUCAAAGAGUAA